AUGCCCGCAGGCAAAGAUCUUGACCCUCAGUUUACCCCCGAGCGGUGUCAGAUCGAAGAUGAAUUGAAAGAUAUAAUGGACGCUGCAAAACAGGAUCGUUUGAGGAAGUUACUUAAGGAACUUUUGAAGAAGACAUUAUACACCUUUCGAGAAGCAAGCCAUCAACACGGAAUGAUGAGCGCCACUCUAGCUGACGCAAUAGUGUCGACCGAGGAGCGCCAUAUACACUCGUUAGACUACGCGUUCGUCAUUUCUUGCUGCUCUGUUAUAUUGGAAUGGACGCCGAUGAUAUGGAACGAGGUCGAACGUCGGAAAUCAACAGAUGAUAUCUGGAUAAAAAUGUUUUAUCUGGGGUUAAGCCUGAAGGAGCAUGAAGAAAAUCAUCGGAUGGGAAGGUACUGUCUCAAGCCUUGGGCCACGAUAGAGAAGUACAGGAAGGCAGAAGAGGGUCCUCCUUCCUCAGGAGAAUGGGCACUGGAUCCUCAAACGUCCUCAGAAGAGACAGAAGUUGAGGCCCUUUCAUGCAGUGGCUCUCGGUAA